AUGGGGACGGAUGAAGAACCUGCCAUAGCUGGGAACUCCCACUUUGAUUGGCAGUCAAUCCCCGUGUGCCUCUCUGAUCUAAUGGCGAGCACGCGGUUCUAUGAGGUUCUGUGCUGGAAGAGGUUUCCACAGUCAUUCAAAGGGACACAUGGGAAGAGAUGGAGCGGAGGUUCGGGGGCGCUGCCGGGCGCGGGCGGCCCCGGCCCCGGCCCGCAGCGGCGCACGCGGCGCCACCGCACCAUCUUCAGCGAGGAGCAGCUGCAGGCGCUGGAGGCGCUCUUCGUGCAGAACCAGUACCCCGACGUGGGCACGCGCGAGCGCCUGGCCGGCCGCAUCCGCCUGCGCGAGGAGCGCGUGGAGGUCUGGUUCAAGAACCGCCGGGCCAAGUGGCGACACCAGAAGCGCACGUCAGCGACCUCGAGGCUCCUCCCCGGAGCCAAGAAGGCCCCAAAGGAGAGCUGCUGA